GGAGAUUAUUCUUCGUAAUUUUUUUUCGCUCGAAAUUUUCGUACCACAAUUGGUACGUCGGCAGUGAACCGCUCGAAUUGUCCCGAACGUGAAAUAUCCUCGAUGUCAAAAUAAUUUCUGUGGUUUCCCCAUUUAAAACCUGUCGGAUUUCGUCUAACCGUUGGAAAUUCCGUUGCAAUAUCAACGCUUUGCGAAGUAAAGUUAACAUGAAAAGGAUUCGAAACGUUUCACGGUAUCGUUGAAAUUUUAAUCGGGCGCGGGUCCGUGCUGUAGUAAUGAGAUUUUUAUACAGAGAUGAAUACUUAAUCCAAGGUCGGAUUUAACAUAUUUAAAAAAAAAAAUUAGUCCAUGGCGACAAGUUGUUGUUGCUGCGUGUAAAUAUCCAGAAAUGACAGCGGGUCAACAUUUCACCAUUUGUACACAAAAAAAAAAACAUUUUUUUUUAAAGUAAUAUGAUAAAAAUUUCUUAAGCAUCCUUAGGAGAACUUUGAAAGACUGUACGCGCCACUGCCGUACUUCGAUAUUGUAUACAUAUAAUUUAUUUCCAAAACCGAAAUGAUCUAAAAAUACCCAUCCCGACGACUAGAGGAAAAUGCUCGCAGCAUAAAUAUUUUUCCAAUGAAUUAGUUAAAACAGUAGUGAACGGACUAUGUUAAGUGCGGGCUAUUAUCAAGCAAAAUUCAUUCAUUCCUGCUCGAAUCCCGGAUAAAUAAACAGUAACUAAACGGUCAUUGGAGUAUUCGUCGAAAACGUCUGACAGCAUGAUACGAUGACCCCUCAGGACCGCACACCAAGUUUCGCCUCUUCUUGUUCACUUGUUAUGAUAGGUGCAGUUAAGUCGUGAUGGCCGAGGAGCCAAAUGGCUCGCACGGAAGAAAUACCCACAACAUCACCGUCAUUGCCAGUACGACUUCAGUUCCGGUUUCGACGUACGAUCCCAGGGAGUACUACAAAACCUACGAUGUCAUGACCGGAAUUAGGAUAGCCGCCACGUUGGGCAGCUUCUUCGGCCUAAUGGUCCUCCUUGUAUUAUAUAAAUCAAAAUCAAAGACUGAAAAGGCUCUAGAGGACCCUAAUUUUACUGCAGCGGCAGUAGCAGAAGUGGAAGAAGAGGAACGGCAGAUUCAACUGGCGAUGGAAGAUAUAGUUUAUCAGCAGCUCAAUCCCAGAAGAUCAAGUAGACGUUCUUUGGAAACUUCUAGCGCUCCGCAUGGAUUCAGCAGGAGUUCUAGAUUCUCGUCAAUAGGAGGUUAUAGCAGUUUGUUAGAGCCGCCAAUUAGGGUAUCACCUAGAUUGCCGUGUUUCAUCGACGAAGACUCUCCACCAGAAGACGGUACUUCAAUUUACGACGAGGUGUAUUACAACAGUCAUUUGAACGUUCCCCGUCGUCCCAGUAAUAUAACAUGUUCAUCGUCGGGAAGUUCUUAUCUGGAGAGGAGAGAUUCCGCGGUGACGUUGGGUCUUCCGGCCCUUCCAGCGCACAAAUUCAAAUCGUCGCGGAGACCAUCUUCGCCUUUGCCGGAGAUUUACGACUUCUAUUACCCGAUAGAUAUUCGAGUGACGCAACCGACCCCCGGCGGUUCACCCUGUGGCAGCGACAGGGCCAUCUACGACAGGGUUGACGACCAACCCAAACUCAAGCCCAGGAUAGCACCGCUGGCUUCUAUUAGCAGUUGCAACAGUUCGUUAGGAACCGAAUAUAUGGAAUGCGAGGGCCUGUCUUACGUUGACAGCUCGUCGCUUCCAGACGAAGAAGACGAAAAUACAGACAAUGAAAUCGAUCCGUUCUCCACCGACAGCGAUGCAAAUAGUGAGACCAGCCGUUACGCAACAGGGCCGCAAUCCAAAGUGCUUUCUGGCGAAAGUUCUUCCACACCGACGCCGGGAACGAGUCAUGGACACGCGGAAGAUAAAUCUUCGUGUCGCCUUGCGGAUUUCAUCAGAUCUUCCAAGUCGUCGUCAACUCUAUUGGAAAAUACACCGCUGCCUCAACUCACGAUGACUGACGUUCACAGAUUAUCAGCAUCCAGCAGUAAAUUAGACAAAUACUCUUGGGCUCAAGAGACUCUUUUCUAAAAUGUUUGACACGUCGCUGUUACCGCGUCGAAAUGGACUUUUGGAUGGCAGCGGCUCAACCCUCUCAUCUGAAUAAAUACAGGGUAGCGUAAAUAAAACACAGGUGAUUAAAAGUCGAAUUUGAAAACACCUUCGGUCGAAAAUCUUCCUGUAUUUUCCAACCCCAUUUUAGAUUCAAAUUCCAUCACCCUGUUAGACUGAAGAAAUAGUUUUUGUAUUAUACCACGUGAGGUUCCUAUGAAUAUUUUUUGUAUCUUCCAGAAGCGUAUAAUAGUGUAUCAAUAUCAAUAUAGUUGAAAGAGGUUCGAUAAAAUAAUUAUUUUGUGUUGGAUGAUGGAUAAAAGCGGAUACAAUUAAAUUCGAUUUACAUCUAUUAUUUUUGGUUUACCAAAAAAUUAAUAAAAAAGCUAGAUUUUGUUUAGUUUCAUUUUACGGUUCUAAUCGAGAAUUUUCCAAGAUGGUUGUUGUAGCAAAUUUUCUAGAAAAUUCAAAAACAAUGAAAAAAAUCAGAAGAUUUUGAUUUAUUUUGCAGCUUAUUGUUAUUCAGUCAACAAAAAUAAUUCCGAUGAUAUAAAAACAACCGGAAAGAUUUAUUAUUAUUUUUACUUAAUUUUCAAAAAUUCAAGCCAUAUAUCGCGUUUCCGUUCGGUUCAAUGAUUAGUUCGUUGCCAGUCGACUUUAAAUUUGACGUCUUAGACAUAAUUGUCAAGUUUUGAAAACACGACUAGGUUGGCGAUAUUGAAAUAAUUCUGUAAAUCUUGUAUGUUAGAAUAAUUGUAAGCCAAACAUUCAUUAAAUGACGUUGAAAAAAUCUGUUGUACAGUAAUAUAUGUAUAUUUUUUAAACUGUAUAGAAAAAAAAAAUGAUCGUUUAGAAUGUACCGAUUUUGUUUAUGAUCUUGUUUUUGUCGCGACAGAUGGAAAAUAAAUACAUGUAUCGUUGUUAAU